AUGGCCACAGGCAUGCAAUGGUGGAACCGGGCGGCGCUGCUGUCGCUCGCGUUGCCAUCUGCAAAUGCCUUCAACUUCCCUGGAAAAGACGACAUUAUUGUUGACUUUGACCUCAACCUCAGCCGAUUAUGGCGACGCCAAGAAAACAAGCCAGAAUGCCCGGCAUCAAAUUUAUGUAUAGACGGGGCUUGCACCCAGUCCAUUGUCGGCAUCGACGCAGCAAACUGCGGCCGCAAAGGGUAUGAAUGUGAGCCAGGAUAUAUCUGUGUCGCCGGAGAGUGCGUCCACCUCGACUUCCCCUGCGACUCGCUCCACUGCGGCGAGAAAGACCUGCAAUGCAAGCCAGGUCAAUGGUGUGACGAAGGCGAAUGCGUCUCGAUUGAGAUCUUCGCAGACCCCUUACAUUGUGGCCCCAAGAAUGAAGAAUGCAAGGCCAACCAGCUCUGUAUCAACGGCAUCUGCAUUGAACUUGACACCAUUCCCGACCCUCUACACUGCGGCAAGGACCAAACACCUUGCGGCCCUGGAAAUUAUUGCUUCAACGGCCAAUGUAGGCCUUUCGAUAUCGGGACGAUCCCACAGAAUUGCACAAUCGACAAUGACUGUCCAUUAAAAGCCCCUUGCGAGAAAGGAGUAUGUCGAUCCUUCCGCGCAGGGUUGGACGUUAACAAUUGUGCUAAGAAAGACGAUAAAUGCGCUCCUGGUGAGCUCUGCAUUUCCAACAGAUGCACGCCGCUCAAUAUUACAGGCGACCCUCUUUCAUGUGGCCCCGGCUGCCAAAAGUGCGAGCCCGGCCAAGCUUGUCGGUUUGACAAAUGUGUCCCCAUCAUUAUUAGUAUAGACCCUACUCACUGUGGUGAGGGAGGUCCGCCUUGUGGCAACCAAGAGCUCUGCAUAUCUGGUGUCUGCGUGGAUAUGCGCAACCAGACCGAGUCCAACAAGCUCACCCGUUGCUCUUCUCCCACCAAGGUCUUCCCACCACUUAGUGUCUCCCCGGAUGGACCACCGGUAGUAGGACCAGUCCCAGCACCAGGAGGUGGAGAACGCCCAGCUUCUGAACAUGGUAACAAGCAUAGCCCUGGUAGUGGUAACGUCUCUCCCCAACCUGGAAACCAGCCUAGCCCUGGCGGCGGCCACAUUUCUCCUCAACCUGGGAACCGGCCUAGCCCUGGUGGCGACCACGUUUCUUCUGGAUCUGAAAACUGGCCCAACCCUGGUGGCGAGCAGCCUUUUGUCGACGACUCUGCGCCCUGUGAUGGAGACUGCCCCCCAUCCACUGGCUAUCCACCAGUACAAAAUGACAAUCAUCCCGGACCUCGCCCUGGAGAUGAUUCCAGCGUUCAACCCGGAUCAUGCUCUGGGCAAAAGGACUGUAGCUGGAACCAAGUCUGCCGAAACGGAGCAUGCGUGGUCAAUGGUGGCCAACCUGGCUGCUUAAGUGACGGCGAAUGCGGCCCUGGCAAGGUAUGCAAGAACGGAACAUGUGUGAUCUCUGGUGGACAGCCUGGUUGUUUUAUUGAUAUAGAGUGUGGCCCUGGUAAGGUGUGCAAGAAUGGCGGAUGCGUUGUCCCUGGUGGUCAGACAAGCUGCUCUCAAAAUACAGACUGUGGUCCAGGCCACGUCUGUGUCAAGGGAGUGUGCGCUCCUUCAACUGGACCUUCCGGCUGUGUUAGCACAACCGACUGUCCUGAAGGAUAUGUCUGCAAAAAGGAACAAUGCAUCCCGUCUGUUGACGCCUGCCUGGCUGAUGCUGACUGUGAGCCUCUCGAGGCUUGCGUCAAUAGAACGUGCCAGCCUUCCACCAUGCUUGCAAAGUGUUCCCUCGACUCCGAAUGCUUCGCCGGUGAACUCUGCCGCGGCGGCAAGUGUGUUCCCUCCAACUUAGAGUCAAGCUGCACGAACGACUCUGACUGUACUGGUGAUCGCAUUUGCCGAAACGGCACUUGCUUCCCAACUGGAACCACCAUCUGCUCAAGCAGCGCCGACUGCCGACCUGGCCACAUUUGCCAAGGUGGCAACUGUAUUCCUUCGACAAACCCCUCUAGCUGCACCGUCGACAAUGAUUGCGGUAUUGGAGGGGUCUGCUGGGGCGGGACGUGUAUGCUGGAGGAUACCAUUCCCAUUAUCUGUUCUAAAGACAACGACUGUGGCAAUGGAAAUGUGUGUAGAAACGGAAAAUGCGUGCUACCGCCGAAUAUGUGCCAGGCUAGCACCGAUUGCUCUUCCGAACAAGUUUGCAAGGAAGGGAAAUGCGUCGUUCCACCAGAUGUAUGCCAGGCCGACUCCGACUGCGUAUUCGGAAACGUUUGCAGAAAUGAGAAAUGCGUUGCCCAACUCCAUUACUGCGAGAUGGAUCCCGAUUGCCCAUCCAACGAGAUCUGCAACAAUGGGAUCUGUGCCCCUUCUACGACUCCUCAGACCUGCACGACAAGCAAUGACUGCCCCUCUGGUCAAAACUGUCAGGACAGGAAAUGCACCGUGCCAACCACAUGCUUGAAGAGCGACGACUGUGCCCCCAACCAGGUUUGCAAAAACGGAAUUUGCGUGCCGUCCACAACGCCACCUGGUGGAGGCUGCAAGAACGAUGCCGACUGCCCUCCUAGCCAUGCUUGCGAAGGUGGCUACUGCGUUCUUACCGACACACCAGGCUGUACCUUGGAUGCUGACUGCGGUCAAGGCAAGAAGUGUCAAAACAGUGCAUGCGUGCCGACAUCGGGUUGCACCAUCAGUGGUGACUGCCUUGGGCUUCAAAUCGAAGGGAAGGUUUGUACAGGAAGCCUCUGUCUAUGCAUCAACAAAGUUUGUGUUUUUGGAACAGUGCCAAGUCCCGACUGUUCUGAUGACUAUGAUUGUGGCAUAGGCCAGUCGUGUAUUAACGGGAAGUGCGAUGUGCCUUCCGUGCCUUCAUGCACCCAGGACAUUGAAUGUAGCAAUGGCCAGUCAUGCGUCAGUGGAAAAUGCCAAAUGUCGUCUGGGCCAUCAUGCACCCAGGACAUUGACUGUGGCAUCGGCCAGUCGUGUAUCAACGAGAAGUGUAAUGUGCCCUCCGUGCUUUUAUGCACCCAGGACAUUGACUGUGGCAAUGGCCAGUCAUGCGUUAAUGGAAAAUGCCAAACACCUUCUGGACCUGGAUCAUGCAUGAAUGACAAUGACUGUGCCUUGGGCCUCUCGUGUAUCCGUGGACAAUGCGAAAUACCCUCCGGGCCAUCAUGUACCAAGGACGAUGAUUGUACCAGCGGCCAGUCGUGUAUCGAAGGCACAUGCCAAACACCUUCUGGACCGGGAUCAUGCACAAACGACAAUGACUGUGCCAUGGGCCUCUCGUGUAUCCGUGGACAAUGCGAAAUACCCUCCGGGCCACCGUGCACCAAGGACAAUGACUGUAUCAGCGGCCAGUCGUGUAUCAAUGGAAAAUGUCAAAUACCCUCUGGUCCUGGAUCAUGCACGGAGGAUAAUGACUGUGCCACGGGCUUCUCGUGUAUCCGUGGAAGGUGUGAGACGCCGUCUGGUCCUGGAUCUUGCACCAAUGAUAAUGACUGCGCCAGGGGCCUCUCGUGUAUCCGUGGAAAGUGUGAGAUACCUCCUGGUCCCGGAUCUUGCACCAGCGAUAAUGAUUGUGGCAAUGCCCAGUCCUGCAUCAACGGAAAGUGUCAGACACCUUCUGGUCCUGCACCUUGCACCAACGAUAAUGAUUGUGGCAAUACGCAAUCCUGCAUCAACGGAAAGUGUCAAACACCUUCUGGACCCGGAUCAUGCACCAAGAACGAAGAUUGCACCAAUGGCCAAUCAUGCAUCCGUGGAAAGUGCCAAACGCCUUCUGGACCGGAGCCAUGCAACAAAGACGACGACUGUAGCGCGGGCCAAUCCUGUAUCCGAGGGAACUGUGAGACGCCUUCCGGCCCCGGGUCGUGUUCCAAGGACGGUGACUGUGGGAAUGGCCAGUCAUGUAUCCGUGGAAAGUGUGAAGUGACUCCCGAAACUCCAUGCGCCAAGGAUUCUGACUGCCUCGGAGGUCUCGUUUGCAACCCCCUCGGAUUUUGUGCUUCUCCCGCAACCUGCACCACGCGAGAUGAUUGCACUGGCGGGUUGAUCUGCGGUCCAGCCAAGACUUGCGUCCCCGAGAUUCUGCCUUGUCUAACACUUACAGACUGCAAGCCAGGUUUUGUUUGUGGUCCUGAGAGCCUCUGUAUCCCGCGAACACCUCUCUGCGAGAGCAAUGCCGACUGCGGUCCCGGAUACACCUGCUCUCCACAAGGUGUCUGCUACAUCAACCCAGGAGGCAACACCUGCGCGCGCAACUCGGAUUGUGAAGAUGGAACCGUCUGUGGGCCAGCCGGCACAUGCAUUCCAGGUACCCAGCCCACUUGCCAGUCUACCCAGGACUGUGCCAAAGGCCAGGUCUGCAGCUCGACGGGGUUCUGUGUCCCGGGAGGAUCUCCUAUGUGUCAAUCAGAUUCCAAUUGCGGUAUCGGCGACAUCUGCGGUCCUCUUGGUAUUUGUAUCGAUGUCAAUUCUGGGUGCAAGAGCGAUGAUGAAUGUGCAACUGGAUACAGUUGUAGCCCAACUGGCUCAUGCGUCCUUGAGAGUAACCAAACCUGCCAAUCUGGUCUUGACUGUAUGACUGGACAAAUCUGCACCCCGACUGGUGUCUGUGUUCCGGAAGGUUUGCCUCUGUGCCUGUCUGAUGCCAUCUGUGGCGUUGGCCGCAAGUGCGGUCCGCUUGGAAUCUGCAUUGAUAAUCCUGCCGGCUGCAAGAAUGACAUUGACUGCGGAAGUGGCCUCACCUGCAGCCCAGCCGGUGCAUGUGUCCCUAAAGGUAAUGAAUCGUGCCAAUCGAUCCGGGACUGCAAGGCUGGACAGGCAUGCAGCUCAACUGGGGUUUGCGUUCCAGAUGAUUCGCCUCUCUGCCAGUCUAAUGCCAACUGCGACUUCGGCCUCAUCUGUGGUCCGCUUGGAAUUUGUGUUCCCGGAGAGAAUGGCUGUAGCUUCAACGAGGACUGUGGUCGAGGCUUCAUCUGCGGUCCCACUAGGGUAUGUGUUCCUGAGGGUCAAGACACUUGCAGAGUUGAUCAAGAUUGCGGCCCCAACCGUAAAUGCAGCUCAACUGGCGCCUGUGUCCCUUCAGACUCUCCCCUUUGCCAGUCUAAUGCCAACUGCGACUUUGGCCUCAUCUGCGGCCCGCUCGGAAUCUGCAUCACAGUGAAUAACGGCUGCAGCACCAAUGAUGACUGUCGACAAGGCUUUAUCUGUGGCCCUGACAAGGUCUGUGUCCCUCGAGGUCAAGACACCUGCAGCGUUGACCAGGACUGCGGCAAUGGUCGUGUCUGCAGCCCGACUGGCGCAUGUGUCCCUACCGGCUCUCCAGUUUGUAGUUCGAGUGCCAAUUGCGAUGCUGGUUUCAUCUGUGGCCCGGCCGGAAUUUGCAUCCCUGGAAACAACGAUUGCACUCGCGACAGAGACUGUGGCGAAGGCUUUGUGUGCGGACCAAUGAAGAUGUGCGUCCCUCGAGGUAACGAUGCCUGCAGAUCCAACCAAGACUGCGGCGUCGGCCGUGUUUGCACCCCAAGUGGCAUCUGCGUCCCGGAUGGCUCACCGCUCUGCACUUCUGCUGCUAAUUGCGGCCCCGGCCUUGUCUGUGGCCCUCUCGGCACUUGCGUUCCUGGUAGCAAUACGUGCAUCCUCAACAUCGAUUGUGAAACGGGAUUCAUUUGCGGUCCCGCGAAGGUUUGUAUCCCUGGAGGUCAAGACACUUGCAAGUCUGAUGAAGAAUGCGGAACCGGGCGUUCUUGUAGCCCGGCAGGCGUCUGCGUCACAUCCGGUUCUCCUGAUUGUCGUUCCAACGCAAAUUGUGCCCCCGGAUUUGUCUGCGGACCGCUUGGUACGUGUAUUCCAAAUGAUAAUGGCAGCUGCACUCUGGAUAGAGACUGUCAAGGUGGAUAUAUCUGUGGCCCAUCAAAGGUCUGUAUCCCUUCUAAUCCAGAUGCCUGUGGCCCGACCCGGGAUUGCAAGGCUGGACAAGUGUGCAGCUCUACCGGUGUCUGUGUUCCUAAUGACUCUCCGCUCUGCGAAACAAACCGGCAGUGUGACUUCGGCCUCAUCUGCGGACCACUUGGUACGUGUGUCCCAAAUGAGAAUGGUAGCUGCACUCUGGAUAGAGACUGCCAGGGUGGAUAUAUCUGCGGACCGCUCGGUACAUGUGUCCCAGAUACCAGCAGCAGCUGCACGCUCGACCAGGACUGCGCUGCUGGAUUCAUCUGCGGGCCUACCAAGAAGUGUAUUCCGCGUGGUGAGCCUACAUGUGGAUCUGGACAGGUCUGCGGAGCUGGUCAAGUCUGUAUCUCUACCGGAGUCUGUGUUCCAAAUGGCUCUCCCCUAUGUACAACAAACGAAAACUGUGACAUCGGUCUCGUCUGUGGUCCCCUUGGAAUCUGCAUCACGGCAGGCGGCACCCGCUGCACAGUCAAAGAUGACUGCCCGCCGCGUUUUGAAUGUGGCCCAGCCGGAACCUGCAUUCCCGAAGACGAAGGGUCUUGUCAGUCAAACGCAAACUGUGGCCCCGGUGAAGUGUGCGGACCGAAUGGUAUCUGCGUUCCGGACACCGGGUGCACCGAGAAUAGCGACUGUGGCGUCGGAUUCAUCUGCGGCCCAUCCAACGCGUGUAUCCCCAAAGGCUCAGAUACGUGCACUGCAGGUAGCGACUGUGGCAUUGGUCGUGUGUGCAGCCCUGCCGGAGUCUGCGUUCCAGAUGGCUCGACCUUGUGCCAGAAGGAUAAGGACUGCGGAGUUGGCCAGGUGUGCGGGCCGUUUGGUAUCUGUAUCUCAGAUACCACCAACAGCUGUACUUUGGACAAGGAUUGCAACGCGGGCUUCGUCUGCGGACCAGCCAAGACGUGUGUUCCGGACACCGCGGGUACUUGUAGGGGAAAUCGUGACUGCUCUGGAGGUCUCGUCUGCAGCCCUCUGGGGGUGUGCGUUCCACCAGGCUCACCACUUUGCCAGACUGACCAAAACUGCGACAAGGGCUUUGUCUGCGGCCCUCUAGGUACUUGUAUCCCAGGAACCAUCGAUACUUGUACCGGCCCACAAGACUGCAACACCGGCUUUGUUUGCGGUCCCUCCGGUAACUGCAUCCCACAGGGCCAACCAGGCUGCAGAUCAAAAGCAGACUGCGGACCAGGGCUUGCUUGUAGCCCCAACGGGGUCUGUAUCCCUGACGAUUCGCCUUUCUGCAGAACGAAUGACAAUUGUGCUGUCGGUUUCAUUUGUGGCCCGCUCGGAAUCUGUAUCGAAGAUCCCUUGCUCUGCAGGGCCAACUCAGACUGCCGUGAUGGGCUUGUUUGUGGUCCUCGGGGCAUCUGCGUUCCUGGAGGAAGCACAGUUUGCACUCUUCCAAGCGAUUGCACGAUCGGCCUCAUCUGUGGUCCUCUGGGAAUUUGCAUCGACGUUGGCUUUACGUGCACCACAAAUGAUAACUGCAAUGGUGGACUUAUUUGUGGCCCGAACGGAUUCUGUAUUUCUCCCACCUGCAACAACAACCGUGGCUGCCAGGAGGGAUUCAUUUGUGGUCCCGCCAAUCUCUGUAUCCCAGAGUUCGGAACCUGCCAAAAGGAUCAAGACUGCCGGGCUGGUUUCACCUGUGGUGCCACUGGCAUCUGUGUGCCUCUUCCUGAAGACUGUCAAGGUAAUGGACAGUGUCCGGAUGGUCUCAUCUGUGGACCUUCCAACCAGUGUAUCCCAGGCGGCGCUCUGUGUCAGCUUGAUGCAAACUGCGGCACCGGAUAUUUCUGUGGCCCUGCGGGUUACUGUAUACCCAAAGAUCUCACUUGCCGAGACGAUAGUACCUGCGCAGCUGGCCAGACCUGCGGUCCUUUGGGGCUCUGCGUUGCCGUUCCUGGUCUCACCUGCAACUCAAACGCCGAUUGUGAGGCUGGAUACACCUGUAGCGAAAGUAAGAAGUGCAUACUGAACUUUUCCGGGUGCAGGACGGACAGCCAGUGCCCUGCGAACUUCACUUGUGGCGUUGGAGGUAUUUGUCUCCCAAAGGUCGAUAUAUGCCAAAGCAAAGAGGACUGUGACGCCGGGUUCCUCUGCGGGCCAACCGGCCUCUGUAUUCCAGAAGUGGCACUUUGCAAGAAAAAUGAAGACUGUGGCGCGGGCUUUGCCUGCAGUGUUGGUGGCCUCUGUCUUCCAGAGAGCCUUGGCUGCCAGACCAAUGCAAACUGCGCUCCAGGAUUCGUCUGUGGCCCUCUGGGGCUAUGUACGGAACCCGUCACCCCUCUCUGCAAGACUGACGGCGAAUGUGGCCAAGGCUACAAGUGUGGCACUUCUGGAAUCUGCAUCCCGGCUCUCCAAGGUUGCCAGAGUAAUGCUGAAUGUGGAAACAGUCUCAUCUGCAGCUCUGCUGGCGUCUGCAUCCCCGAUUACAAGACCUGCCUAUUUGACAUAGACUGCGAUAGCCAGUCGACAUGCGGGCCAGCCGGACUCUGUAUUCCCAAGUCAGUCCUCUGUCGCACUUCAAGCAGCUGCGGAGAGGGAUUUUCUUGCGGCCCAGCUGGAUUCUGCAUCCCGAACAACAAGAUUUGCCGAACAAAUGCCAACUGUGGCAAUGGGUUCAUCUGCGGACCUUAUGGGCUCUGCAUUCCAGGUACCGGUCUCACAUGCCAGAUAGACAGCGAUUGCGAUAUUGGCUUCACCUGUGGACCUCUCAAGCUGUGCAUCAAGACCGGCCCAGCUUGUCAGAAUAACAAUCAGUGUCUCCCCGGCUUCAGCUGCAAUCCCGCUGGAAACUGCGUCCCGAAUGUUCCUGGAGGUUGCGCCAGCGAUACGGAUUGUGCCCCUGGCGACUUUUGUACUCUCGACCGCUCGUGUGAGCUAGAGGACCUGCGUUGCACGACCAGUGCCGACUGCAAACCCGGCUUUAGCUGCAACAGGGCUGGCUUCUGCUCUCCUAAGACUCUUGUCUGUAAGUCUGACCAGGAGUGCCCGUCUGGCUUCAAGUGCAGCCUGUCUGGGCAGUGUAUAUCCGCAAACGACCUGAGCUGCAACGUGGAUGGUGAUUGCCUUGUGGGAUUUUCUUGUGGCCCCAACAAGUAUUGUAUCCCCAAGGCACCCAGCUGCACCAAGGACAACGACUGUCAGCUAGGAUUUGCCUGUGGCCCUUUGAAGACUUGUAUCCUGAAGAGCGAUUUGACCUGCACGACGGGCAAUGACUGCACGAACGGUUUCAUUUGUGGCCCAGGAAAACUUUGCAUCGACCCCUCUCUCCCUGGUCUUCCUUGCAAGGUUAACGGCGACUGCGCUCUUGGCUUGAGCUGUGGUCCAGCUGGAUACUGUGUGCCCGGAGACAUCUCAACCUGCAGCAAGAACGAGGACUGCGCACAGGGUUUGCUGUGCAGUGCGGCCAAUCUCUGCAUUACGCCCGACAAACAGUGCCAAGUCGACUCAGAUUGCUCCGUUGGGGUCGGGUGUGGUCCGCUAAACAUUUGCCUCGAUGUCUAUCUGGGCUGUCAGAGCAACGGUGACUGUGAUACAAACUUUGUUUGCGGUCUCGCUGGUUUCUGCCUCCCCAAGGGAUUUACUUGCGAGGCGGAGAAGGAUUGCGCUGCAGGUUUCACCUGUGGCCUUGGUGGUCUCUGCCUUCCAGCUACCAAGGACACCUGCAACACUUCGGAUGACUGUGACAAGGGCUUCACCUGUGGCCCUCUGAGCAUCUGUAUUCCUAAUUUGCUCAGCUGUGGCAGCAAUGGGGAUUGUUCUCCAGGGUUUGCCUGCGGCCCAGCCGGCCUUUGCCUCCCAACUGGCGAACUGACUUGCUCCGCCACUCAAACAUGUCCCCAGGGCUUUAACUGUGGACCUGCAGGUCUUUGCCUGCCUGAUGAUCUGCUCUGCCAGACUGAUCGGGAUUGCGCCUCUGGUUUUACAUGCGGCAAGGGUGGCAUCUGCAUUCCCAAAGUCCUCACCUGUAAGCUGGACAAGGACUGUGAUGAAAACGCAGAGUGUGGCGAUGGCUUCAUUUGCGGUUUGGCCGGACUCUGUAUUCCCAAGAACUUGGGUUGCAAUACAGACGCCAGUUGCCGCAGCGGAUUUGUCUGCGGUCCAGCCGGGCUCUGUAUUCCUCAAACACUUGGCUGCAAGACCAAGUCUGAUUGCAACACCGGAUUCAACUGUGGUCCCUUGGGACUUUGCGUCCCUGAGAACCUUGGGUGCAGGGCUAAUUCAGACUGCACUGGAGGAUUUGAGUGCAGCUCAAUUGGAAUAUGCUUGCCUCCAAAUUCCUCGGCCUGCAAAGCUAAUAAUGAUUGCGGCCGAGGUUUCGUCUGUGGCAGCGCAGGGUUGUGCGUCCCAGAGGGCUUGGACUGCGGCAGUUCAAACUCCUGCAAGACUGGAUUCAUCUGUGGCCCAGCAGGCCUUUGUGUUCCGGACACGCUCUUCUGUUCCAAGAAUGAGGAUUGCGGUCAAGGCUUUGCGUGCUCAAGAGCGGGUCUUUGCAUCCCGAACUACUUGGUCUGCAGUAGCGAUAGCAAUUGCUCCAACGGAUUUGUCUGCAGCCUUUCCGGACUCUGUAUUCCGUCCAACGAUCUGCAGUGCACGACCAGCAACGACUGUGUUCCAGGAUUCGCUUGCGGCACGGCUGGUCUCUGCAUCCCCGAUCUUAGCUGCAAGAAGAACAGCGAUUGCUCUGGCGGUCAGGUAUGUAGGCUGGAUGGAACCUGCGUGCCUGAUGUCGGGAAUCUUGUGUGCUCCAAGAAUGACGACUGCAAGCAGGGCAACGUCUGUGGUAGCGCAGGACUCUGUGUCCCAGGAAAUCUUGUCUGCAACGCUUCACAGUCUUGCCAACAGGGCUUCACUUGUGGCCCGGCCGGAUUUUGUAUUCCAAUUGGAAACCUCUUCUGCAAAGCCAACACUGACUGCCCGACUGACCACUCCUGUGGUCCGGUGGGCGUUUGCAUUCCCAACAUUCUUCGUUGCCAGACCAAGAGUGAUUGCUAUACUGGAUUCGACUGUAGUGCAUCCGGACUCUGUGUUCCGGCCUCGCUUUUCUGUACCAAGAACGAGGACUGCAAAGCCCCAUUGGCUUGCGGCAUUGCGAAUUUGUGUGUUACUGUUGGCGAUGCCCCCUGCAAGUCAAAUGACGACUGCCUGGCUGGUUACCGCUGCGGUCCUGCAGGGACUUGCCUUCUGGAGGCUAACUUCUGUUCAAAUGAUGGUGACUGUGAUGGAGGCGAAACAUGUGGACCAGAAUCCGUUUGUGUCCCGGAUAAGCUUCUGUGCAAAGCGGAUGAUGAUUGCAUUGAAGGCUUCGUCUGCGGCACCGCAGGAAUCUGUCUACCCGGCGGUGGUGUGACGUGCAACGCAAACACCAACUGCUCACCAGGCUUCACGUGCGGCCCUCUUGGUGUCUGCAUCCCUUCCAACUUGGGUUGUCUGUCGAACAGCGACUGCGGCGCAGGGCUAUCUUGCGGUCCUGCCGGGGUGUGUAUUCCUGGCAAUCUUCUUUGCCAAGGGGAUGAUAACUGCUCAACGGGCUACUUCUGCGGCCCGGCCGGUCUUUGUAUCCCCAAGUUGCUCUCGUGCCAGAACAGCGAUAGUUGCGAGAAAGGCCUUGUCUGCAGUCCGGCUGGGCUUUGCAUCCCUUCAGGUGAUUUGAACUGCAAAUCGAGCCGUGAUUGCUCCGGAAGUCUUAUCUGUGACUUGUCUGGCCAAUGCGUCCUAGGAGGCGGUUUAACUUGUCAGGCGGACAUUGACUGUUUCCUUGGGUUCGAGUGCGGCCCUCUUGGGCUUUGCAUCAAGAUCGAUCUUGGUUGCAAGACGGAUGCCGACUGUGGCGAGGAUAAGAGCUGUGGACCAGCCGGUCUCUGUCUACCAAAAUCUGGCACAUGCAAAGCCAACAGUGACUGCGCAUCAGGUCUCCUCUGUGGCCUGGGUGGAUUGUGCAUUCCUGAUCUUGGGCUCCCAUGUGGUUCCAACGGGAACUGCGCCCCUGGUUUGGUCUGCAGCGGACAGCCGUUGAAUCUCUGCAUCCCUCAAGCUCUCAACUGCAAGGCCAAUGAAAACUGCGGUGCCGGUCAGGUGUGCAAUGCCCUCGGGGUAUGCGUGCCAGAUCUGCUUGGCACAUGCACCACCAACGCGCAGUGUGAGGCCACAUUUGGAUGCAGUCUUGCGGGAAUUUGCGUUCCUGGCAUCGAUCUUGCUUGCACAAAUAGCGGUACGAGCGGCAGAAUUUGUCCGACUGGUUUCAAGUGCGGCGUCACGGGUCUUUGCGUCCCGGAUCUUGGAUUCCCUUGCAGUGGUGCUGGGAAAUCGUGCCCUCGCGGCUACGUCUGUGGUGUCGCAGACCUGUGCGUGCCCGACUUGCCGGGUGUGAAUUGCAUCCAGAAUUCAGAAUGCAACACGGGAUUCGUCUGUAACAAUGCCAAACUCUGCAUCCCGGAUCUGUCGCUGGCCUGCACGGCGGAUGGUGAUUGCCCAGCCGACUUCAGGUGUGGAAGCAGCAAAUUGUGUGUGCCCAAUUUCCCAGUCACGUGCGACGCCAACGCAUCUUGCCCUCAGGGCUUCUCGUGCAACAGCGCAGGCAUCUGCACUCCCACCUCUGGCUCCGGCUGCCAGUCUGACAACGAUUGCCAAGAAGGAGAAGCAACUUGUGUUUCUGGAUUCUGUGUUCCGGAAAUCGUCACCACUUGCAAGGCCAAUCAGGAUUGUGCCUCGCCUCUUGUAUGCACUCUAGGGCUCUGCCUUCCAGAUCUCCUUCCCACGUGUGCUACCGACAGCCAAUGUCCAAAUCCCUUGGUUUGCCGAUCAGGUACCUGCGUCCCUGACUCAGUUCCUAUUUGCAAUACCGACUUGAACUGUGCUCUGGGCACCAGCUGCCUUGGCGGUAUUUGCAUUCCCAAGGUUCCCAACACUUGCCGAGCGGAUGGUGAAUGCAUCGCACCCUUGGCCUGUAUCGAAGGCCUAUGUCUUCCCAAGAUCUUGCCAACAUGUGAUGGUACAGAUGACUUGCAGUGCAAGGAUCCGUUAGUAUGCCGACGGGGAGUAUGUGUCCCAGGUUCCCUUCCGCUAUGCAGUGUCAACCUUGACUGUGCUCAAGACUACAGCUGCGUUGCCGAUAUCUGUAUCCCUGACGUCAUUGAUGCUUGCCUCGUCGAUCGUGAUUGUCGCUACGACGCUCUGACAUGUCAACUUGGACUUUGUCUUCCCAAGAUUCUGCCGGCUUGCGAACGUAACAACCAGUGCAAGAACCCCUUGGUGUGCAGACAAGGUCUCUGUGUUCCAGAUGCCCUCCCCGUCUGCAACGAUGACCAAGAUUGCGGAGCCGGGAACAGUUGCUUGGCGGGAUUAUGUAUCCCCAAAGCCCCGGACACCUGCAGACUCGACACAGAUUGCAAGUCAAACUCUCUCGCCUGCAUCCUUGGUGUUUGUCUCCCGAAGGUACUUCCAAUCUGCGAUGCCACACGCGAAUGCAAGGAUCCGUUCGUCUGCAGGGAUGGAAUCUGCAUCCCGAAAUCUCUUCCAGUCUGCCAAAGUAGUUUACAAUGCAGCAGUGGCAGCAAGUGUCUGGGAGGAAUAUGUGUCCCCGACCUAGUCAAGAAUUGCCAGACCGUGCAAGACUGCGGCGCUUCCUCUACCUGUUUCCUCGGUGUCUGUCUUCCUGAGAUACUUCCUGCUUGUGCAACUGACAACGAGUGCGAAGAUCCUCUGGUCUGCCGGGUUGGAAAGUGUGUGCCCAAAACACUACCACUGUGCAAUAGCAACACCAACUGCGACGCAGGAUACAGCUGCCUGGCGGAUAUUUGCGUUCCAAACGUCCCGAGCAUCUGCAAGAUCAACGCUGACUGUAGCAACUCUCUGGUGUGCACCCUUGGUCUUUGCCUGCCUCAGAUUCUGCCAUCAUGUGUGAACGAUGAUGGGUGCAACGACCCAUUGGUCUGUCGUCAAGGCACUUGUGUUCCUAACGCUGUACCCCUUUGCAACAAUAGCAAUGAUUGCGCUGGAGGGUCUAGCUGCAUUGCUGAUAUUUGUGUCCCAGAUCUCCUGCAGAAUUGCAAGCAAGAUACGGAUUGCAGCGAUUCCCUGGUGUGCAAGCUUGGUAACGACGUUGACUGUGGCCAAGAUGCCACAUGCGUCGCUGGUAUCUGCAUUCCCAAGAUAAUCAAUAACUGCAAGACCAACAGUGAAUGCGGUGGUUCUCUUGCGUGCACCCUCGGUCUUUGCUUGCCACAGAUUCUUCCGACAUGUCAAGACGGAGCUGCCAACAGCUGCACCGAUCCCCUCGUCUGUCGACUUGGAACUUGCGUGCCCAACUCUAUCCCUCGAUGUAGCAGCAACAAUGACUGCGAUACUAGUUCCAGUUGUAUCGCUAAUACCUGCAUCCCCAACGUUGUCGACCCGUGCAAGACCACUGGUGACUGUGCGGGUUCGCUCGUCUGCAAACUCGGCGUUUGCCUUCCGGGAAUCUUGCCAGUUUGCCAGACUGAUAGCAACUGCGACGGCCAGCUUGUAUGCAGACUGGGAACAUGCGUGCCGAAAACUGUCCCUGUUUGCAGCAAGAACACCGACUGUGGUCAAGGCUCAAGCUGCAUUGCCAACAUCUGCGUUCCCGAUCUUCUCCAGAGCUGCAAGGAUUCCUCUCAAUGCAAAGAUUCACUGGUCUGCAAGCUUGGCGUGUGCCUCCCCAGCAUCCUGCCUCAAUGUCAAACAGAUUCCGAGUGUGGCGACUCUCUUGCCUGCCGACUUGGGACAUGCGUGCCCAAGUCUGUCCCAGUAUGCAACAACGACGGCGACUGCGGUGCGGGCUCAAAGUGCAUUGCUGAUAUUUGUAUUCCCCAAUUCAUCACCACUUGUGGAAAGGACGCCGAUUGCGGCGAUUCACUCAUCUGCAAGCUCGGAGUUUGCAUUCCACCGAUCCUACCAACAUGCGAUACACAAUCGGACUGCAGAAGUCCUCUUCUUUGCCGCCUCGGCACCUGUGUGCCGGACUUCCUUCCAUUGUGCAAGAGUGGCUCAGAUUGCCGUGAUGGAUUCAGCUGCAUUGCAGACAUUUGCGUCCCUGAUCUUGCCGCGACAUGCCAUACAACUCAGGACUGCGAUGGCUCUCUGGUCUGCACGCUUGGUCUGUGCCUCCCUGGUAUUCUUCCCUAUUGUCAGACCGACACACAAUGCACCGGCUCCCUUGUCUGCCGGUCUGGAACGUGUGUACCGAAAACGCUUCCUCUCUGCAAUGUCAAUAGCGAUUGUGAUCAAAAUGCCAGCUGUCUCGCUGGAAUCUGUGUUCCCAAUCUGGUCCAAAGCUGCAAGGCUAACGGAGAUUGUUCUGGCUCACUCGUCUGCACCCUCGGUGUCUGUCUUCCUCGCGUUCUUCCUACAUGCGGAAAUGGUGCCCAGUGCAAGGGCCCUCUAGUCUGCAAGCAAAAUAAAUGUGUACCCGACUUCGUCCUGUCUUGUGCCGAAUCCCGCGAUUGUAAGACGGGGUCAAGCUGCUUGGGCGGAAUCUGUCUUCCCGACCUUGUCGAUUCUUGUCGCGAUACGGUGGAUUGCCAAACGCCUCUUGUCUGCAACCUGGGCGUCUGCCUGCCGCAAGGCCUUGGACAAUGCAGUACUAACAUCGAUUGCGUCGACGACCUUGUGUGCAAGUUGGGGACAUGCUUACCAAGUACACUUCCUGUUUGCAAAGAUUCGACUGGCUGCGGUCAGACGGAGACCUGCAUCGCCGGCAUCUGCAUUCCCAAUACUCCCGGAACCUGCAAAUCCAAAGCCGACUGUGCCGGUUCUCUCGCCUGCACUCUUGGAUUGUGUCUUCCUGAGAUCCUCCCCACUUGCCAAGCUGAUAACCAGUGCUCCGGCUCGCUUGUCUGCAGACAGAGCACUUGCGUUCCCGAUUCCCUUCCCCUUUGCAAUGUCAGCACUGACUGCAAGGGUCCUGGACUCAACUGCCUUGGAGGCAUUUGUGUCCCUCAGACCAUCAACAAGUGCCUAUCUGACAGCGACUGCGGUAGCGGUUCGCUCAAGUGCAGCCUUGGCCUCUGCCUGCCCACUGUGCUCCCCCCAUGCACCCAGGACAGCCAGUGCAGGGAUCCCUUGAAGUGUAGGCUCGGACUUUGCGUUCCUCCUGCGAUUCCCGUUUGCAACGUCAAAGCAGACUGCAGCACUGGAGACAGUUGCUUGGGCGGAAUUUGUGUUCCUGACCUGGUUAGCAGCUGUACCCAAACCUCGGAUUGUCCCAAUUCCCUCUCGUGUACGCUUGGAUUCUGUCUCCCUGAGAUUCUCCCCAGUUGUGACAGCAAUGAUAAGUGCAGCGGCUCUUUGGUCUGUAAACUGGGCACCUGCGUGCCACCCGGUCUGCCUCUCUGCAAGACUGCUACCGACUGCGAUGCAGAUCAGAGUUGUUUUGGGGGACUCUGUUUCCCCAAUGGCGCGAAGCAAUGUCAAGCCUCGCUCGACUGCGGAUCAGGCCUUGUCUGCAAGGCUGGGUUCUGUCUGCCAAAUAACACUCCUACUUGCAGCGGCAAUGGCCAAUGCGCGAGCUCCCUUGUCUGCAGAUUAGGUUUCUGUGUCCCAGAUAUCUUCCCCAUCUGCUCCACGAAAUCGGAUUGUGCUGCUGGAAAGACUUGCAGCGACGGAGUGUGCAUCCCAGCAGCCCUGCCAACUUGUCGGGCUUCGAGCGACUGCGCAAGCCCACUGGUCUGUACUCUGGGCUUCUGCCUCCCACCAGUUAUCAACGACUGCAAGAACGGACAAGCUUGUGGAAGCGGAUACACCUGCUCGCCCGCGGGCUUCUGUUUCCCCGAGACGCUCGCCACUUGCGCCAAGGCCACCGACUGUGGCCCCAAUCUCACAUGUAGUUCCAGCGGACUCUGUAUCCCAAAUCUUCUGCCCCAGUGCGAUAUUGCUGCCGGACUUACUUGCCAGGCGCCUCUUCAAUGCACAGCUGGGCUUUGUCUUCCGCGAUUCUCCAACUCUUGCAGUGCCAACGUCGAUUGCGGUGCUGGUCUCGCCUGCGGCAGCCUCGGUCUUUGCGUAGCCGUGAGCAUCAACACCUGCAGUAAGCCUGGUGAUUGUGGCGAUGGCCUGACCUGCGGCCCAUUGGGUCUCUGUGUGCCAAGCUUGGUGCCUACUUGCAAUGCGAACAAGCCCUGCCUCCCGGGCUACGCUUGCAGCAUUGCUGGAGUCUGCGUCCCAUCAAGUCUGCCGCCCUGCGAUGCUAGCCAGACCUGCGCUUCUGGACUGGUUUGCGGUCUCGCUGGUCUGUGUCUCCCAUCACUCCUCGACACAUGCUCGAAAGAUACGGACUGCGGCCCUAGAUUCUCCUGCAACCCGUCCGGUUUCUGCGUGCCAAACCUGCUGCCAACAACAUGUACCGCGCAGACAGAUUGCGGCACCGGCUAUACAUGCGGAGCCCUGGGCUUCUGCGUACCCAACAACACUCCCCAGUACUGCCUGACGUCUCUUGAAUGUCCUCCUAAAUCCACUUGCGGUUCGGGCAGCAUCUGCGUUCCUGACAGCUCAGCUUGCACGAAGAACGGAGAUUGCGCAGCAAACCAAAUCUGCACGGCGUUCGGAUUCUGCGCCCCCAAGCUGAUCAACACUUGCGGCCCCAGUGACCCUUGCGCUUCUGGCUUCUACUGCGGACCUGCUGGUCUCUGUGUCUCGAACAAUGAUCCCGUCAGCUGUGGAAGCGACUCCCGUUGCCCCAACGGCUUCAUUUGUGGAAUAUCAGGCAUCUGUACUCCCUCCACCAUCCAAACAUGCACAGGAACCAACGAGUGCCCUACUGGAAAGAUUUGCAAUGGUCUUGGCUUCUGCAGCACUGACUCCCCGAACGGCCAAUGCACAAAGAGUUCUGACUGCCAACCUGGAUUCGGGUGCGGAUUCGGAGGAGAAUGUGUGCCCUCGAUUUUGGGUCCCUGCCUCAGCUCAACUGAUUGCCAGACCGGUUCCAUCUGCGGACCUCUUGGUUUCUGCACGGCGAAUCUCGCCAAAUGCUCCGCAUCCCAAGACUGCAAUGCUGGAUUCAGCUGUGGACCAGUAGGGCUCUGUGUCCCAGACAUUCUGCCCACCUGUGAGUCUACAAGCAGUUGCGCGCCGAACUUUGUAUGUGGUCUCGCCGGCAUCUGUAUCCCCAAGGUCGUCCAGAAGUGCGACGAAAACACACAGUGCCAGCCAGGAUACAUUUGCGGCAGCGGCGGCAGCUGUAUCGUGAACAUCCCUGGUCUCUGCACCACCAAGGCCCAGUGUGGCGCUGGUUACAUCUGCGGACCGGGCGGUCUCUGCAUUCCCAAUGUUUCCGGAACCUGCGAGGCUACGGACGAUUGUCUCCUGGGAUUCAUCUGCGGCGCUUCAGGCCGUUGCGUGGCACAGCUUCCUGGCCGAUGCAAGUCCGACACCGACUGCACCGGCGGAUUGUUCUGCAGCGCAGCAGGCACUUGCAUUCCCAAGCUCACAGGAUCCUGCUCCUCUAGUACAGACUGCGAUACGGGCCUUGUCUGUGGCUCUACCGGCUUGUGUGUGCCCAAGAUUCUCCCCAUCUGUGGUACAAACGCCGACUGCGGCCCAGGACUCCUCUGCGGCAUUGCUGGGCUCUGUGUUCCCCAGAUUGGAGUGACCUGCAGCUCUUCCAACCCCUGCGGCGCUGGAUUCCUCUGCGGUAUUGGAGGUAUCUGUGUCCCUGACAUUCCCGGAGCAUGCACAUCAAACAACAACUGCCAGAACGACUACACCUGCGGGCUUCUUGGUCUUUGCAUCCCGCCGGGGCUCGAUACAUGCACAACAUCGACAGACUGUGGCACCGGACGCAUCUGCGGCAUCGCUGGGAUCUGUGUCAUCAAGGCUCCUGGAGCCUGCGGUUCGACAAAUGACUGUGGAAGCGGGCUUCUUUGCGGCAUCGGUGGCUUCUGUAUUCCUCAGUUGAGCCCUCCAUGCGGCUCAGCCAGUGACUGCAAGGCCGGCGAGAUAUGCUCGGCCUCGGGGCUUUGCAUCCGCGAUAUUCUCGGCAAAUGCACUUCAAACAACGAUUGUCUGCGAGGAUUCUCGUGUGGAGGCAGCGGCUUCUGCGUUCCCGAUAUCCUGGGCACUUGCUCCAGCUCCCAGCCAUGCCCUUCAGGAUUCGUUUGCUCCAAGGCAGGCCUCUGUGUGCCUGACAACCUGGGUCUCUGUACAGACAGCAAGAACUGUGAGAGUGGAUAUGAGUGCACAUCCGCAGGAAUAUGUCUUCCAGGCACUGCGGGCCUGUGCAGCUCGAACAAUGACUGCUCACCUGGUCUCGCCUGCGGCCCUGCCGGCAUCUGCUUGCCAGACCUCAGCCUCCAGUGCAGGUCUAACAGCCAGUGUCUUCCUGGAUUCCGCUGUGGUCCUUCUGGGGUCUGCAUCGUCGACCUCCAGCUCUCUUGCCAGACAAACAGCAACUGUCCCCUUGCGGGAUUCAUCUGUGGCAGCCUCGGCUUCUGCCUUCCGGACCCCAAACUUGCCUGCACAACGAAUAGCGAAUGCGGGCAAGGAAAGUUCUGCAACCUCGCUGGAAUCUGUACCGCGAAGCUCGGCCUCAACUGCAAAUCCAAUGACCAGUGUAUCGACGGCUUCCAGUGCAGCGAUCGCGGUCUCUGCAUCCCCGCCACCAGUGAGCAGUGCGCUACAUCGGCCGAGUGUGAUCGCGGGUACAUUUGCGACGAUUUCAACAUCUGUAGUCUUUCUCUCGACCUCAUCUGCAAGACCAACGCGGACUGUAACGCCGGAUUCGCAUGCGGCCUGGCCGGAAUCUGCACACCUGAUCUUAGUGUGUCCAAAUGCUCUGCAGCCAGCGACUGCCAGCGUGGAUUCAUCUGCCGUCUCUCUGGAAUAUGCACACCGGACCUCAACUUCGGAUGCUCAAAUAACCAGGAUUGUCAGAACGGAUUCACCUGUGGGCUCGGGGGUCUCUGCAUCCCUGGACUCGGCCUCGUCUGUACGCAAAAGAGUGACUGCGCCCAGGGCUUCCUCUGCAGCCAAUCUGGCCUCUGUGCUCCGGAUCUCAGCGUCAAGUGUACUUCCAACGGCAACUGUCUCGGCAACUACAUUUGCGGUGACGGUGGCAUCUGCGUGCCCGACCUCAACCUCUUCUGCUCCAAGAACGCCGACUGCGGGCCUGGUUCGAUCUGCGGCUUCGGCGGACUCUGCAUUCCCAACCUUGGAUUCGGCUGUGGAAGCAGCAGUGAAUGCCAGCCAGGAUUCGCCUGUGGCCCUCUGAAUGUCUGCGCGCCAACCUUGAACUUCUCCUGCACGAGCGACAGCAGCUGCCAGCAAGGAUACGUCUGCGGCGACUUGGGUGUCUGCACGAUCGACCCGAAGCUCAAGUGCGGUGCCUCUUCGGACUGUCGCCGCGGCUUCGUCUGCAAUGGCCUCGGAAUCUGUACCCCCGAGAUUGGUCUUGCCUGCAAGGCCAACAGCGAGUGUCUUCCCGGUUUCGUCUGUGGCAAUGGCGGCACCUGCCAGCUCGGAUGUGCCAGCAACACGGAUUGCGACCAGGACAAGGUCUGCAACAUCGCAGGACUGUGCCUCGAGGUAAACUUGAGCGUCUGUCUGUCGAUCAAUGCCUGCCCCGAAGGCUACACCUGUAGUCUGGGUGGCCAGUGUGUCCCCCGUUUGAUCCCGCAGUGUACGAGCAAUAACGACUGCCUCGGUGGUCUUAUUUGCAGUGGCAGCAUCGGCAGCUGUGUGCAGAGCAUCUUCCCAACUUGCAAAGGUGGCCAGACAUGCCCCAGUGGAUAUGUCUGCCAGGGAGCUGGUAUCUGUGUCCCUGAUCUCAUCUCAGGCUGCAGCUCCAGCACACAAUGCGGAGCUGGAUUCACAUGCAACAGCAACGGAAUCUGCAUCCCAUCGCUUGGGCAAGGAUGCAAGGCCAACGGCGACUGUGGAAACGGGCUCGUCUGCGGCAUCGGUGGUCUUUGCGUUGUCAAGACUGACAUCACCUGCAGCCCAGCCAACCCUUGCGCAGCUGGUUUCUCGUGCAGCGACGCCGGCCUCUGUCUGCCCAAUCUCACAUGCGACAGAGACAGUGACUGCUUCAGCGGCUUCUUUUGCCCGGAGAAUGGCUUCUGCACUCCCGACCUUGGCUCUUGCUCUUCCGCCAAUGCCUGUCCCCUAGGCUUUGUCUGCACCUCAUCAGGCAGGUGUGAGUUUGAUCUCGGCCUGCGAUGCGAAUCAGACGACAACUGCGCUUCGGGAUAUACUUGCAGCGACGCCAACAUCUGCGUUCCGUCGGGUCUGAAGUGUACAACUACGGCCCAGUGCAAGCCCGGAUCUGUUUGCAACAACCUUGGUAUCUGCACUCCGGAUCUCGGAUUCUUCUGCAAGGCUACGCCGGAUUGCAGCACCAACUAUAUCUGCAACCCGGCUGGCGUUUGCGUGCUUGAUCUCACUCUCAAGUGCUCAAGUAAUAGUGACUGUGCUCCUGGAUUUUCAUGUGGCAGCGACGAUGUCUGCGCUCUCGAUCUUGGUUUGACGUGUGGAGCGAACGGGGACUGUGGUCAAGGAUUUAUUUGUAGCGAACUUGGUAUCUGCAUUCUUGAUAUCAAUCUGAAAUGUGGAGGAAACGGCGACUGCGGUGCUGGAUUUAUUUGCAGUGAUUUUGGGUUCUGCAUUCCCGGUGGUCAGGGGUGCAGUGUCAACGAAGAAUGUAAAGGAGGUUUCAUCUGCAGCUCUUUCGGAGUCUGCGUCGCCGGCGGCAUCCUCUGCGAUGUCUCCAGCAAGUGCCAGACCGGCUUCUCCUGCAGCUCGGCCGGGCUUUGCCUGCCAAACGGCCUGAGCUGCGCGACGUCGGACCAGUGUGAAGACCCCUUCACCUGCAACUCGCUCGGCCUCUGCGUGCCUGGAGGCGUCAAGUGCAGGAGGUCGAGUGAUUGCAACACCGGGUUUGAGUGUACGUCUGGCGGUGUCUGUGUGCUAGGAAACUUUGUCUGCAAGCUGGGAAGCGACUGUGCACCCAACUACAGCUGCUCCCUGGCUGGCAUCUGCGUGCCCAACAUUGGGGCAUCUUGCAAGAAUGACGGAGAGUGCAGCCUGCAAAACUACUUCUGCAGCUCCGCGGGCAUCUGUGUGCCCAAGUCAGGCUCAGGUUGCACGGCCAAGUCUGACUGCCUGCCUGGUCUCGUGUGUGGCGACCUGGGCGUGUGUGUUCCGGAUAUCAACAUCGGCUGCAAGGCCAAGACGGACUGCGGCGCCGGAUUCACGUGCAACAACUUGGGCAUCUGCGUUAUUGAUCUGGGGCUCAGCUGUACUAAGAACGCUGACUGCCAGAAUGGCAAUAUCUGCAGCAUUCUAGGUACUUGUGUCCCCAGCACGCUGCCAGAGUGCAAUGCCUCCAAUCCAUGCCGGCAAGGCUUCACCUGUAACGAUGACGGUGUCUGCAUCCGUGAUCUCCUCAGCACUUGUAUCGACAACACAAGCUGUACUCUGGGCUUCAGCUGUGAUCCACUGGUGAAGAAGUGUCUGCCAGACCUGGUUCCCACGUGCUCGGCGACAAAGACUUGUCCAUCAGGCUACAGAUGCACCGAUCCAACCGUCGGUCUCUGUGUCCCCGAGGUCCCAGUAUCCUGCACAAUAGACUCCAACUGUCCGACCGGGCUCAAGUGCCUUGACGGUGGCUUCUGCGUCCUCGAUAUCUUCCCUAGUAUUUGUCAAACCGCCACCAACUGCAAGACUGGGGAGCUUUGCAACGGCGGCUUCUGCCAAGCUGCUCCCCAAGCGACAUGCUCAGCCAGCGGCGACUGUACUCUCAAGACUGGUCUCUGUGCUUUGGGUCUCUGCGUCUGUAUCAACGGUCUCUGUGCCACCGAUCCGUCAGUCCAGGCCUGCAACACGGAGUCGGACUGCCCAGCAAACAGCCUUUGCCAGAGCGGCGCCUGUAUUCCACGAACAACAUGCUCUGCCUCUGACAACUGCAUUGCCAAUGUCAAUCUGUGCGCUCUCGGCACCCUGUGUCUUUGCGUCAAUGGACUGUGCCUUCUGGGAGGCGAGCCUUCCAUCACCUGCAGUGUCAACAACCCGAACGACUGCGGCAACGAUAGAGUCUGCGUCAACGGCAUCUGCAACCCCAAAACCGUUGCCCAGUGCAAGGCCAGCGACGAAUGCCUGGGCGACCUCAUUUGCGACCUGGGGCUUUGCAUCCCCAACAUCCUCCCCCAGUGUCUGCUUGACCUCAACUGCAACGACAGCACCAAGGUCUGCCAGCUUGGCCAGUGUGUCGCUGGCUGUUCAAGCGGCUCCGAUUGCCCCAGCGGCAACAGCUGCACUCUUGGACGCUGCGUUCCAGAGAUCAUCCCUACGUGCGACAACAACGAUGCCAACUGCCCCAGCGGCCAGGUCUGCGGCGCCCUCAACACCUGUGUCCCUGGCUGCCACACAACCACCCAGUGCGCGCCCGGAGAGGUCUGCAACACUCUUCUCAAUGCUUGUCUCCCUGGCACUCUUGCAUGCGGAGUGCUCUCGCCUUGUCCAGCUGGCGAGUACUGCUCCAGCGGAACUUGCAUCCCACGCUGCAUAUCCAACACGGACUGCGAUCUCGGUCUCAUCUGUGGUUCCGGCGGUCUUUGUGGAGCUUGUACUUCCAACUCACAGUGUGCUCCCGGGCAGGUAUGCCAGGAUGGAGGGUGCCGGGCCUGCUCAGCCAGCGACGAGUGUGCCAUCGGCGAAGUCUGCAGCAACGGCUCUUGCGGCGCUUGCUCGACCACUGCUCCAUGCUCGGGCGGUAAAGCCAAGUCUGCUCGGUCCUGGGUGCUUGUGGCCCUUGUCUUACGGACGGACAAUGUCCCGGUGGCCAGAUAUGCCGGAACCAACAGUGCACGGGAUGUACGAGCAAUUCCCAGUGCUCCGGCGCCAAAGCUUGCAUCAACGGAUCCUGCUCCUCGUGCCGCGACUUCUCAGACUGCAACACGGGUCAGAUUUGCGCCGGCGGUUUCUGCAUUGCCUGCGUCCUGUCCCUUGACUGUCCAAACGGCCAGAUCUGCUCUGGCCUCCCGGGAGCUUGUGGUGCCUGCUCAAGUACAUCACAGUGCCCCAUUGGCAAGGUUUGCCAGAAUGGGGCAUGCGUGGGCUGCUCCGAUAGAUCUCAGUGUUCCGGCGGGCUCGUCUGCUCAGGAGGGCUGUGUGGCACAUGUAGUGACAGCUCUCAGUGCAGUGACGGAGAAGUCUGCGGCCCUCUUUCAGUGUGUACCGGAUGUACUUUAUCUUCUCAGUGCUCGGGUGGCCAGGAUCUGCUCUUCAAGCGGCCUCUGCUCCGCCUGCUCUUCGAACAGCGAGUGCGGCAGUACGCAGGCCUGCAACAACGGCGUCUGCGGCAUCUGCACCUCAAACAGUAUGUGCAACCCAGGCCAGGUAUGCUCGCUUCUCGGUGCCUGUGGCCAAUGCCAGAACAACGGGCAGUGCGACCCCGGACAGGUCUGUCAGAACGGAUCGUGUUCUGCAUGCUCAAGGACCUCGCAGUGCGCGACUGGCCAGGCAUGUGUCAACGGCAAGUGUGCCUCCUGCACAGACAGCGACCAGUGCAACACCGGGCAGAUCUGUGCCCUCGGGCAAUGCUCCGUCUGCACGGCCAACAACCAGUGCCCUACGGGACAAGUCUGCUCAGAUGGCAGCUGUGCCGCCUGCACUGCCAGUUCACAAUGCUACAACGGCCAGGUCUGCAAGGGUGGGACAUGUACAAGCUGCAGCGGCACCGCAGACUGCUCUAACGGCCAAGUCUGCCGCAACAACAUCUGCACGACGUGUACCAGCCGAGACCAGUGUCUCAACGGCCAGAUCUGCAAUCUCCUCUUCGGCACGUGCGGUGCCUGCACCUUCAGCAGCGAAUGUGCAACCGGUCAAGUGUGCUCGAAUGGAGCCUGCGGCCAAUGCUCUCAAAACUCCCAAUGUCCUUCAGGUCAAGCCUGUGUAUCGGGCGUGUGCAAAGCAUGCACGUCCCCUGACCAGUGCGAUUCCAACUACUGCUCGAACGGUAGAUGCACAGCUUGCCUCACCAACAGCAACUGUGCAACUGGCGAGGCAUGCGUCGACAACAAGUGCGGCCAAUGCUCGUCAAACAACGACUGCUCGAGCGGCCAAGCAUGCGUCAACGGCGUCUGCGGCUCCUGCUCAAGCAAGUCCCAGUGCGGCUCCAGCCAGGCCUGCGUCAACGGCUCCUGUGGUGUCUGCACCAGGGCCAGCCAGUGCGACCCGGGGCAAGGAUGCAGCUUCUUUGGAUCCUGCGGAGCUUGCACGCUCAACUUAGACUGCGGCACCAACCGGACAUGCCGAGCAGCGACCGGAAUCUGCUACAACAACUGCAGCUCGAACACCGACUGUCUCGCCGGCCAGUCCUGCCAGUCUGGCGUCUGCGGGCCGAGCUGCACGGCCAACUCGCAGUGCGCGACCAACCAGGUCUGCAACACGGGCACGGGGCAGUGCGUUGCGAAGCAAUGCGGCACCAGCGGUGAUUGCUCGCUUGGUGUCAACCUCUGUCUAUUUGGUGGCCUUUGCGUAUGUCUGAAUGGAUUAUGUGUUGCGUAA